AUGGUUAGACAAGAGGAUUUUGCAGUUGAACAAUAUAUGGAUAAGUAUGAAACUAAAAUCCAAUACAAUAUGGCGGAAACAUGUUCCGAAUCAAUAAAGUUUGACGAAUUGUUUGAGUUGUUAUCAGACCAGCCGGAUGCAAGGCAUGAACUUGAACAAAAAAUCUUUGGCAUGAAGUUAACUUAUGGGCAUAUUAGAGGCUCUCCUGAGUUGAGACAAGCAAUUGCAAAAUUGUAUAAUGACGAAGGUGGUUCCAUUGGUAUCGAUGACAUUGUGAUUACUAAUGGGGCAAUUGGGGCAAAUUUCUUGUCCUUGUAUGCCUUAGUUGACGAAGGCGAUAAAGUCGUUGUUGUCCGUCCUACUUACCAGCAGUUGGAAUCAGUGUCCAAGAUAUUUGCCGGACCGGAAAAUGUUAUCCCUUGGGAAUUAAAGUACGAUAAUGAUUAUCUUCCUGAUUUGCAAGAAUUGACAAAAUUGAUUGAAACACAUCGUCCAAAAUUGCUUAUUAUAAACAAUCCAAAUAACCCAACUGGUGCAGUAUGGGACGAUGCAACAAUGGAGAAAAUUGUGAAGCUCUGUUCUGAGAAUUCAGUUUAUUUGAUGUGUGAUGAAGUUUAUCGUCCAUUGUAUGUAUCUGAAGAAAACAUGCCUAAGUCAGUUGUCAAUUAUGGGUACAUCAACACCGUUUCAACGUCGUCAACAUCCAAGGCAUUUGCUUUGGCAGGUUUAAGAAUUGGCUGGGUUGUUUGCAAGGAUCAAGAUGUUAUCAAGAAACUCUGUUCAAAACGUGACUACAAUACGAUUUCUGUUUCGGGCGUGGAUGAUUUGAUGGCUGCUUUUGCGUUGAAUAAUAAAGAUGUUAUUCUUAGAAGAAAUAAAGAUAUCUUGUUAAAGAAUUUGGAGAUUUUAGAUGAGUAUAUCAAGAAAACUCCAUUUUUAUCUUGGGUCAAGCCAAAAGGUGGUACUACAUGUUUUAUAAAAGUUGAUAUUGAAGGUAUUGACACAAUGGAAAUGUGUAUUGAGUUGGUUGAACAAUACGGAGUUCUUAUUGUACCUGGAGAAGUUUUUGGUCACAAAGGGUACUUGCGAGUUGGGUUUGGUAAUAACACUGAAGACAUUAAACAAGGGUUGGACCAAUUGACAGCAUAUUUCAAAUCAAAGAAACUCUUAUAA